AUGCAUUGGGGUGUAUAUGGAUCGGUUCUGGUGACGCUGGGGGCGUGUCCUAUCUCGGCUUCUCACCAUCAUCGUAUGAGACCUCGCUUUAUCCGACCCAUUGUCGUGUCUGAAGGUCCGGAUGCAAGUAUUUCCAGCUGGAUGAAGCAAACAGCUCCUGGGCCGCACGUCGCGACCAGCACUUUCACCACUACCGUCUAUACAGAGUGUCAGUCCACUCAAGCCGUCAACGCGACCAAGCAUAUUACGGCGCACAUAAUACAUGUUUCAAAUCACAGUACCAGCAAUGAAGUAGUCGCACCUGCCACACCAGCCUCUGGCACGACCGUGAUCGACGUCGUGAUUCCCUCAAACACAUCGCUGGCUGGGAUUGCAACAACGCCAUUCUCAUCCACGCAGAUCGUGUCACCAUUGGUUCCCACUGAGACUCUACAAAAGCGGCCGGCUCACCCAACGACAAUCCAUAUCCACAAAACAACCACCGCCACUGUGUUCGAGACCGUGCAUCCAAUCGUCUCGACCACCAUUUCAAAAUCCAUCACAGAUGAAGCAUCAGUCAGAACAAGCUCGAGUAUCAAUCUUCCUAUGUCUUCUAUCACAACUGCCAUGACGACAAAGGCCAGCAAUGUCGCAGCCCACAAAAUUCUUUCACUGGUCUCUGAUUUGCCUCCAAUCCUCGGGGGCAUUCCUCAAGCCAUCUCCUCGAAUCUCCUUGUGCCGAAUAUUCCAUCCAUUCCAUCGAUCAUUUCAAACCCACCACUGGACGCCAAACCACCGUCGAUCCCUGAAUUACUGAACUGGACCACCACUCCCCUGAACGGCGUCUUUGCACUCGAGGGUUUUGGUCAAAGAACCAAGCCGUCUGGUGAACAUAUCCAAUACCGUGGUAAUGUCGGCAUCCCUUGGGGAAGCAACAUUAUCCCCGUGAGCCCCGCAGAUGCCCACCGCUACAAGUAUGUUGCCCAGUUCAGGGGCUCCAACAGCAAACCAUGGACGAUCGUGUUCUGGAACAAAAUUGGCCCCGAGGGCAAAAUGGACGGAUGGUAUGGACACACUGCACUGAAAGUUGUCCUCCCACCUGGCGAGACUCAGCACAUCGCCUUUGACGAGAACUCCGAAGGUGCGUGGGGCGCCGCACCUGGAACCACGGGAUUACCAGUUGAUAACUGGGGUGGAUAUACAUCCACGUGGGGGGAGUUUUCCUUUGGAGAUGGAGAAAACAAGGGGUGGUCCGGAUGGGAUGUCUCUGCGAUUCAGGCGCAGAUGGCCAAGCAGGAUGUGCAGGGGAUGCGAAUCUGUAUGCCGGAUGGAAAAGGCUGCUCGAUUGUCACGCCACAGGCUCGAAAGGUGGUGGAUGCUUAUGUUGCGGACAACAGACAUCAUGACGGUAUUGGGGGUGCGGCUGCACCGGGACCUGUUAGAUUGGUUGUGGACAUUGACUAUACGGAGUGA